UGCAACAGGGGGCGCUGAACAAAAUUGACAACGACGGAGUGAACUUCCGGCCACGGCCGGAAAAGGAGGGGCGCCAAAUUCGAAAACACAGAGUAACUUGGCUGUGGAACAGUGACGUUUUGUAAUUUCAGUUAAUUUACCUCGUUUAAUUACAUCAAGUUUAUUGUCAAAAUGGACCCGACAAGUGUUUUCUUUGUCAAAUUGAGAAGAAUGGCAACGACUCUAGAGUCAGAAACUGCCAAACUGCAGCGGUCCUUUGAAAACCGUAACAACGAGGAAGACGGCGAAGCCACAGCGAAAGGGACUCGAGCCUUUCACGAACUAAAGUGUGAGUUCGUCGACCUGAAGGGUCAGGUGCAGAAUCAGCUGGCUCAGCAGAAAGUACAAGAGAAUGAGGUGAACACCUUUAUUAAAGCCUGCAGGCUGAUGGAGCAGCGGGUCAGUAAGGACAUCCAGACACUGACGGAACACUGGGAAAAAUACGGUUAUCAAGUGCCCAGAGACGCUCAGGGGCCGAACAAAGAAAAAACUAAGGAUUCAGAGACUACGGAUGAAGCUGGAAGUGAGGGUGGAACCGGGUCAACUGAUGAAGAUGAUGGUGAAGGACACGGGGAGCCUGGAGAUGAUCUGACCUCGUCCCCUGUGACAUCUGGACCCCGGCCCAUUGAUGAGUUGCUGAGAACCCCACAGCUGUCAGACUUUGGUCUGUCUGAGAUGCAGCUGAAGAGAGAUCUGGGUAAAUCAGAGUGGCUCUCUGAGCUCCCUCCUAUGCCUGAGAUCACCGUCGCACCACCUUCGUUUAAUACCCCUGCCCCACCCACUAUGUCCUUAACCUCCAAAUGUGCUCUACAUAUGGAUGAUGAUGAACUCCGGACCCCUGAGAUGCACAUCUUUGACAUUUCUGAACAAACAAAGUGUUUGAAACAGGACCUCACCGUGGAACUGCUUAGGAAGGACGUUGAGUCCCAAAGGCUACAAAACAAACCUGUGGAUUUUUUAAAGGAAAGUUUACCAACAAAAGGCCUCAAAAUGAAAACGACAAAUGGUCACCGCUCUCCAUCUGAGCAAGUAGAUGGUGAACCAGAACUAUCAGUUAGCCCAGGACACACUACGACACCUGAUGUCCCAGAAUUUCAGACCCCGUAUGUGAAUCGACUUUUCAGUCACAAAAAGCAAUGCCAAAGUGAACAGCAGCCUAAACCAGUCAAUGUGCCUGCUGAUGACGACCUCAGCACCUUUGACCUUACAACACCACGUCAUAACGGAGUCGGCGGCUCCAAACGCCCCUGGGAGUACAAUGUGCCCAAUACAUCCAUGCUAAGUGAGGAGGAGGAGAAGAUGCCUGAGAUGCCGAACCUGCAGUCUCUCCUGGGAAUGUCUCUACAAAGUGUCUCCCAGAAAACUGCAAAAGUUCAGAAGAGAACCAAGGAGCAAAUAAAUGUCUACAAGGACCUGAGUGACAACAGUCUGGAGACAGAUGGAGCCACUGUAGAGUUCAAACUGGGGACACCUCGUAUGAGGAUGGACCAGCAGGAACCCAGCACCCCAGAGAUGCCUGACCUCAGCUCAGUGACACAGGACAUCUGUAAACUUGUUUCUCAGGCUCAGCUGAAAAGGACCGACGUGGCUGUAGUCAAACCAAAUGUCAGACCAGCAAAAGAUGUAAACAGCGCUGCCUGUCUGUCUCUGGUGUCUGAGAGCGAGUACCUGAGAUUACCAAACUACCUGAGGCAGAUCAGCCUGAACAACCUCAACCAGAUGGUCCACAGCAUCAACAGUUUUAUCACCGAGUUUCCAGGUAGAGGGACAGAGCUUCAGUUUGAUGAACUAAAAAGGAUCGGCAAUGUUGGAGCCAAGACUCCUGUAUACAUCCUGUGUCUGACCGAGCUAAACAGGCUGCAGCACGUGAGAGGAGCCAGGGACACCUCUGUGUACAUGCUCUGCGCGGGCGCCUAGUGGUUGUUCAGAGAAUGUUGGUUUGGAAAAUUGUAUAUUUAUUGUAAAUUACAUAUCUAUUGUUAGAAAGAAACAAAACUAAAUUAGAAAAAAAGUGUUACAAAACGUUCUUCAAUUAAAUCAGUUUUUAAUUCUCAUUAAGCAAAAAAAGCACAGUUGUCUGGAUCAGUAUGUUUUAUGAGUCAGACCAUGCUAGCUUGUAAGUUUUACAACUUAAGAUUUAAGAUUGUUUCUGCUGUAUAUACGUAUAAAUAAAGGGAGAUGUGUUGAUAAA